UCAGCAAACUCUGCGCUGCACCGGACUCCGGGCCAGUUCACACUCCAUGCUGCGUUCUGGACCCCGCAUUCACUCUAUCCGCUCUCCCCGGACCCCGCAUUCACUCUAUCCGCUCUCUCCCGGACCCCGCAUUCACUCUAUCCGCUCUCCCCGGACGCCGCAUUCACUCUAUCCGCUCUCCCCGGACCCCGCAUUCACUCUAUCCGCUCUCCCCGGACCCCGCAUUCACUCUAUCCCGCUCUCCCCGGACCCCGCAUUCACUAUAUCCGCUCUCCCCGGACCCCGCAUUCACUAUAUCCGCUCUCCCCGGACCCCGCAUUCACUAUAUCCGCUCUCCCCGGACCCCGCAUUCACUCUAUCCGCUCUCCCCGGACCCCGCAUUCACUAUAUCCGCUCUCCCCGGACCCCGCAUUCACUAUAUCCGCUCUACCCGGACACCGCAUUCACUAUAUCCGCUCUCCCCGGACCCCGCAUUCACUAUAUCCGCUCUCCCCGGACCCCGCAUUCACUAUAUCCGCUCUCCCCGGACCCCGCAUUCACUAUAUCCGCUCUCCCCGGACCCCGCAUUCACUCUAUCCGCUCUCCCCGGACCCCGCAUUCACUAUAUCCGCUCUCCCCGGACCCCGCAUUCACUAUAUCCGCUCUCCCC